AUGAUCGUACUCGACGACGAGAGUCUCGUAGACCCCUCUAUCCGCAAAGAGCCGACUACGCCCCCUGCUACGAGUGCCUAUGAGAGCGCUCAGCCGCUGCGGGACCAGGCAGCCGCUGGACCUCAAGAACCCCAGCCAGACGAACCGCUACUCUCGGGACAGUCUUCGCAACCUCUAGGUCCUCCUCCCGCGUACCCUGGAUAUCAAAGUACCGGUUAUCAGUCUUUCCCUGAGCCGCCUCCCCCGCCUCCAGCUCAUGAGUACGAUGAACGCGAGCCAGCCGGUCCUCGAUUCAUUAAGGCGUUCAUCGUCGCAAUCCUCAUCUAUGCUUUGGCGGGCAGUAUUGCCGGUAGCAUAGUAAGCUCGUCUUAUCCGGCUCCUAGACACGGACACCAACCAUGGCGGGUGGAAACCUGGGAGGAUCUCUUUCCAGCCGAUAGCGCCGUCAAAAGUGCGAUGUGCGCCGAUUCGACAUCAUGGAUUCUUGCGCCCGACUACGUACCGGGUGAUCGAUUCCCGCACGCUGCUAAGCUCGCGACCUCUUUCGAGCUAUCUCUGGGCUCUUUGGAUGUCUUCAUGAUGACGGGCCCUGGUAUACAAGGGAACGUGACGUUCAACGAUGAUGAUACUCUGCGGGACACCGCAAGGGUCACCGUGGCGGCGAGAAUGGACGAUGCAGGAUGGAGUGCCCUUGAGCGUACAAGCGUCUGCAAACGAUCGCUGAAUAGCAUGUCGAACGGUGUUUACAUCUUGUCUGACGCCUCGGAUUCCCUCUUGCAGUCGUUGUAUCUUGACGUGGUUGUGUCGAUGCCAACUAAUCCGCGGCCACGGGCGCUCAAUAUACCUGAAUUGAUGGUAGGGAUGGCUUCAAUGAACUUGAAUAUGAAGUUCUCCGCGCCCUACGUCUUUGGGAGCGUCGCUAUUCGCGCAAAUCAUGGCAACAUCCACAUCGACGCCCUUGUUGCGGAUGAUAUCACGCUUAAAACCCUGAAUAGUGCAAUCACUGGACAUUACACGGCCAAACGCAUGUUCAACCUGAGAGCCACGAACGAACCAGUCGACAUUCACGUUGCGCUGUCCGGUGGCAAGCCAGAUGGGCAUCCAGCCGAAAUAGUUCUCGGAAACAUGAAUGCGCCGGUUAACGCAGGGAUAUCUCUUCACUCGGAGACGGACGACAGGACGGGCAAUUAUCGCGUCGUGGCUACGACAACGAAGGCGCCACUCAACCUGGAAUACAGGCGUGUACCGGUAAACGCUAAGCUUGACGCGUACAUGCGAACAACGGAGGCGCCAAUCCACGCGAGGUUGGACUCUGCCUUCGAGGGUAGCUUCCAACUAAUGAAUAUCAAUGCUGGCGAUGUCGUGAUUGAUAACAGCACCAUCCAUAACGGUGACGCCGGCUCUAGGCGCCAUCGUGAAGUAGAGUGGAGGACGGCGGGUCUACGCGGUCGGGACCGUGUCACGCAGGGCGUCGCACAUUGGUCUCCCUCUCUACGACCUGUGGACACUAUGGGCAGCAUUGCUUGCGCCACCACAAACCAUGAGAUCGAACUAUUGCUAUGA